CGUCUGUUCCUUCACCAAACAUUACAAAAAGCGAUUAAACGUCUCACUCUCCCUUCUCUCGUUUUCAGAUCUUACCCUAAAAUUUGCUGCAUACAAACCAAAGUCCUUAUAGCUAGCUAGUAGUUUAAUUUCUGCUAGCUCAAAUCAAGAAAAAAGUCAGCAUAUACAUGGAGAAAAAGCAGCAACAAAUUUCAAAUUCACCAUGGGAUUGUGGCAGUGCACUCUACGAUUCGUUUGAGCUGAACUCAUUCAAACGACAAUUGGACUCAGCCAUAGCUAAUUCCCACAGGACACUCUCAAUGUCCGGUUUACCGGAACGACGUAGAACUCCACCAGAGCCGACGCUGCGACCACCGCCUUCUGAUCUUGCCAUGUCAAGGAAGCCCUUCAAGAUCUCUCGCUCCUUUCACAGAUUCCUUCGUUCUGUACUUUUCAAGUCCAGCAAAUCCACCACCACUAGUUACCAAGUUCCGGAAAAUUACACAAAAGAUGGUUUCUACAUGGUUUAUGAGAAGUCAACUGGAUCGGUUCUCUCCACCAUCUCAGAAGUUCCAGAAUUUGAGUUUGGUGCAACUGCUCUUUCGCCGGAGAUCUCUUCCUUGGUCAGAAGGUCCGCUUCGGAGCGGUUCAUCACCACCACCACAAUCAAUAUUGCGUGUGCUUAAUUAGGAGAAAUUAAAUGGCUUUGAUUCGUAGAAGUUAAUUAUAUUAUGGUGAUCAUUAACUUAUAUAUCAUCGUUUUUUUUUUUGAAAGGCACUUAUAUAUAUCAUCGUAUCUUAGUAUACCUUAGCGUCAUAUAUAAGAUCAUAACAAUUAGCAUAUGUGAAUUACUUAAAAAAAAAAAGCAUAUGUGAAUAAGUGAAUUAGCUUGUGCAAGAUUUAUGUUUUGAAUAUAUUUCUGAUGAUGUUUCACAAUGAA